AUGCUGAACAAUGCUGCACCUCUGCCUCCGCUCCGACGACAUGGGGACAACAUGAAAGGCUUCAGAGGCUGCCUAGAGCACGACCUGCUAGGCACCAGCCAAGUGUCCAUGGAGUGUUUGCAGGCCCCCGCCCGGCCCCCCAAACCCCUCCCCAGACACAUCCACUCAGGGAAAGCCCACGGGCUGGAAGCGGAGAACGUGGACGCCAAGAUCGCCAAGCUGAUGGGUGGCGCCAAACCCCAACUCUUCCUAGAGCCCGUCUGGCACCAAGCUAAACACAUGUGGGACUUAUUUCAAAGAAGCCUUAAAGAUCCAGACCUGGACCACGGCCGGAUCCACAGUCUCAGCCCGAAAGCUUCACGUGGGCGACAGAGUGGUUCUGGAAGCGGCCUGAGGUGGGCGUGGGCGACAGAGUGGUUCUGGAAGCGGCCUGAGGUGGGCGUGGCGGUGUCAGUGGGCGACAGAGUGGUUCUGGAAGCGGCCUGA